GAGAGAGAGAGAGCUUAGGGAGGAGGAAGAGAGCAAAAAGAAAGGAAGGAAAAGGAGAGAAGGGGGCUAAAGAAAGACAGGAUGGCAGAGCCAGAGCUGAAAUCACGGAGCAGCCUGGAGAGUUUGAAGAAGGCAGCCGAGGGCCAGGAGAAGAUGGAGGCUGAGGCGGUUCCGGACAACCCAGACAAGCCUCCUUCGCCGGACAAGCCUCCAUCCCAAUCCACCAUUACCGACUCCAACGCCGUGGCAGCCACCACCCCUACUGCCGAUUCCUCCUCCCCAGCUAAGGCAGCAGGCGGCAAGAUCGAGCUGAAGCGCAGCAUCACGCUCUUCAACGGCGUGGGCAUGAUCAUCGGCACCAUCAUCGGCUCGGGCAUCUUCAUUACGCCCACAGGGGUGGUAAAGGAGGCUGGCUCGGCCGGCCUGUCGCUGGUGGUAUGGGCUGUGUGUGGUGUGGUGUCCACCAUGGGCGCCCUGUGCUACGCCGAGCUGGGCACCACCAUCACCAAGUCGGGUGGAGACUACACCUACAUCCUGGAGGUGUACGGCGAGCUGGCCGCCUUCCUCAAGCUGUGGGUGGAGAUGCUGAUCAUCAGGCCGUCCUCCCAGUACGUGGUGUCGCUGGUGUUCGCCACCUACCUGCUCAAGCCCCUCUACCCAAACUGCAGUGUGCCCGACAGUGCCUCCAAGCUCAUCGCUUGCCUCUGCCUCACAUCAUUGACCUUUGUGAACUGCAUCAGCGUGCGGGCUGCCACCAAGGUCCAGGACUUGUUCACUGCGUCAAAGCUCCUGGCCCUGAUCAUAAUAAUCGUUUUCGGUUUCAUUCAGAUCGGUACAGGUGAUGUGCCAUACCUGACACCAGAACUGGCAUUUGAAGGCAGCAAAUGGGGAGUCGACAACAUUGUGUUGGCUCUAUACAGUGGACUCUUUGCUUUUGGUGGCUGGAAUUACCUGAAUUACGUGACAGAGGAAAUGAUCAAUCCAGAGAGAAACUUGCCACUGUCCAUCAUAAUUUCCAUGCCCAUUGUGACCGUGGUGUACGUACUGACCAACCUGGCCUACUUCACCACUAUCCCCCCGAGUGUGAUGGUCGAGUCCGAGGCAGUAGCUGUGAUCUUUGGGGAGUACCAUCUUGGUGUGAUGUCCUGGCUCAUCCCAGUCUUUGUGGGCCUGUCCUGCUUCGGAGCGGUCAAUGGAAGCCUGUUCACCUCGGCACGGCUGUUUUAUGCUGGCGCUCGAGAGGGUCAGCUCCCUGCUGCACUGGGAUUGGUCCACACUGACCUCUUCACCCCAGUGCCCUCCCUCAUUUUCACAUGUUUUCUGUCCAUGCUGUAUGCGUUGUCCAAGGACAUCUUCUCGGUCAUCAACCUGUUCAGCUUCUUCACCUGGCUGUGUGUGGGCAUGGCCAUCGCCGGCCUGCUGUGGCUCCGCUGGACCAAGCCAGAGCUACGGAGACCCAUCAAGAUUUGGUUGGUGGUGCCUGUGGUGUUUGUGCUGGGCUGUGUCUUUAUGAUCGUGGUGUCCUUCUGGGCAGCUCCCUUUGAGUGCCUGAUAGGCAGCGGGAUUAUCCUCACUGGUAUCCCCGCCUAUCUCCUGGGGUACAAGUGGAAGAAGCCCCACGUUGUAAAGAAGAUCCUAGAGAUCUUUACUCUGUUCUGCCAGAAGAUUUUUAUGUCUGUUCCAGAAGAGCGUGAAGAGAAGGAAUCAGCCGAAGUAGCUGAAGAAGUCGAAACAACAAAGGACGACUGAGUCAAUCUUUCAGUUGGAACAUUACAUGUUUACACUCAUUAUUGCUUUUGUGAUAGAGUUCCAUGACUCUUGGUAAAGUAGGGUUUAUGUGAAUGUAUGCUUCGGUGAACAUAUUUUGUAUUGUACAUGCAUUUUCAUACUGCGUUCAUCCCUUUGUACUCUCUCCAGCAAUUCAAUUCCAGUUUUUCCACUUUCCAGUCAUAUAGAGUACUUCAAACAUUCUCACAUUUUACCUUACCAAACCUUUUUUAUUUGUACCUAUUUUGUACUUCAGUAUUCAAAAAGACCUGAAUUAAGCUAACAAAAAGAGGAGUUAGGAAACAGACAAAAUCAUUUUGAUCAAGUUUUGGUAUGUUCCCCAGACAAUCAUCCAAAUCCAACUAUAUAUUUAACUUUUGAAUUAUAUUUUUAUUAACCCCCACUUUAACUGAAGGUAUGUCUUCAACUCAGUGUAUUUGAAGGAACUAUCUAGUGCUCACUUAAUGUGAUUGAACAAUGAGAAACCCAUGAAUUGAUUCAGGUAACUCAUACAGCACAUUCUGUAACCUUGCUUUUGGAGUGUAAUGUCCCUUUAACAUUAUUGCAAUUAUGUUAACAAUUUACAGUUUUAACAUUAUUUAUUUGUGCACUGUAUUGCUACAAGCAGUUUUACAUGUGAUGUUUGGAACACAUAGUCAUUUCCCAUAGUCAAAUUCACUUUGAAACAUUUUCAAAUUGAUUCAACAGAGCAAUAUUUGAAGCACAUUUGUGGAUUUCUAUCGUGUUGUGUUCUGAUGUGUUGCCUUAAGAUUGUUGUUACACAGGUCAGUUGCUUGUAUUGAUACUCAAUGCCCUGUUACCUCUCAGUUCCUAUGUCAAACCAUGCCUUCAUGAUAUUGUUGUAAACAUUGUUUUAUGUUAUUCGAUACAAGCAGUUGUGAAUAUGGUAUCAAACCAGUCAACCAUUUUGCUGUGUCUCAACUUUCUACCAGAUACCAUACAUUUUUACCCAUUGUGUUCGGUGAAGACAUUUGUAUCAAUGUUUUGUAUUAUUUGUACUCAUUAGAUACCAUGCCAGAAGUCUGAUGUCGACAUUCAGCCAAUAUGACUAUUUCGCUCCUGAUGUAUACUUUUGUCAUGUCAGACCAGAAUGACUGUUGUGAGCAUCAUAAGUGGAUAUUGGAGGGUCUUUUCUCUUUUGAAGGAGCGAUUACUGUAAGUGCAGAUCUAAGAUCAGAUUUCCUUACCCCAGUCCAAACCUUCUCUCACCCCAAGCCAGACCAGUUCAAGCCAAAAAAAAAAAAAAGAAAAGAAAAAAAGACCUAAAUGAAAUUCUGAAGGGCCUUUAGCACUAAAUGUUAGCACAAACAUGUACAUGUUACUGAAUUUGGGACACGAUGAAGUAUAGAAUGUUAACUGCUCCUAUUAUUAUAAAAUAUAAUUUCCCCCCAUUUAAUUAUCGAGUGGCUAGGAAAGUAGGGGCAAUAGGUCAAGAGCACAAUAAGUCACUGGAGUUACAGAAAGUACAAACUGUGAAGAAGCUCGACAGGCACAGAGGGAAUAGAGUUUACAGGAAUAGGAUACAGGAAGAG